UUCUCACGUUCUUAGUCCCCCACCGUACCCUCUUUCUCGUACUCUACGUACAUUGUACGAACAACUCGUCGUCAGUCAGUACAGAGACAUCGUUGCCGGCGCCUCGUCCGUCUCACUCCCUCUUUUUCUCCUCUCUCUUCUUUCUUCUGCUUCUGUCAUUCGCCUCUCUCUUUCUCCCUCCCUUCAUCUCUCAUCCUUGCGCCCUCUCCUUUCUAACUUCAUUUGGUUUUUCUUCCCUCAUUAACCGUGCCGCGUUAUCACUUUUACCAGGACUAGCUGCAAGUCUGCUCCGGGCUAUCAUACAAACGUCCUUAUCCGCGCGCGUUCUGAAUCCUUCAUUCUUCCUGCGCGAUGAAGAAAAUGCCGCGAAAAAUCGCACUCCGUACGUUACGAUGUGACAGUGACGAUGACGGUGAGGGUGUGUUCGCGUUCAAGGUGUGACAACGAUAAGAGACCCCCCGCGUUUGUGAUAAGCUGCUGAACCAUCGCGCAGGAUAGCAGCUUGCCGGCAAAGCGACGCUCUUCCAGCUUCUCUGUUGCGGCUUCCUUGAGAGCCGUGUGCACUCGGUAAUGGGCUUGGAAAUGCAUGCGCCUUUAAAGGGUGAACGGCGCGCGACAAACCAGCAUGGAAUCAACGGAGGAAGUGCUCGGUAACAACGUUCCGGGCACAGAUGCACGGCACAAUCAGAACCCACUUAAGAGGAACGUGGAGGGAUCGGAUGCGGGAAACGUGCGGGUUUUGUCGGUCGACAAAGUCACCGUCGAGAAGAUCGUUCUGGAAUGUUCGAGCGGCUCGCGCGAGGUGUUAUUGACAAAAAACGAGACUUCGAGAAAACUGUCCCUGAGCUCGGAGACAAAACCGAGUGUUGUCAAGCGGACAAAAGACGGCGGGGCACAGAGGUCGUCGGUAAACGGCAGAUUUCGCGUCUCGGUACCAGGAGACGCGUUCACGUCGAAGCCAGGCGCCAGUUUUAGGAGCAACCUCUCCGCCAACCAAUCGAAGCUUCCCAUUCCCAGGUAUCGAAAGAGCGACGAUGCCAGCGUUCUUAAUGAGGAGAACAGGAUCAAGCCAAUUCGGCUCACUAAAAGCCCGUCUAUCGGCAGUAUCGUAAUUGAAGGUUUGAAUUCGGACGCGAUCGUUAAGAAGCAUAAAGUGCCACCGAAGGUCCCGGAGAAGCCUGCGAACAAAAGAGACCAUUAUUCAUCUUUGAUAGCGAAAUCGGUCUCUCCUGCUAAAAUAGAAUUGCGCGAGGAUUUAUCGCCGGAUCGGGAAAAACUUGCCGACAAGAUAGCGGCUGAAGUUAAACAGGGGCGACCGGUCGAACGAGCAGCUCCCGAGGCAGAAAAUACCGGGAGCGAUAAGGGAUACGUCGACGAUAUAAAUCCCGUUGAAAUCAAGAGAGACAGCGAGUCGUCGAAGAGUGCAAACGAAGCCUGCAACGGGACAGACGAAAUCAAACAGCGGGCGCACACGAAAAGCUUUGAAAACCGUGAAGAAUGCACGAGCGUUGACAAAGACGCGCAGGACCGCUUGGAGAGAAGUCAGACUACUAUCGAGGACCUCCAAAAGAAUCUGAGUACCAGAAUUCACGCCAGCACUGCGCAAAGCUACAAAGAGAAGCUGUUGGACGUUCAAGCCAAUUACGCUUUGAGGCCGAUUACUGUGGACACGAAUUGUAGCGAGAGAUUAAGCUGCGAGUUCGACAAGGAUUUCCUCGAGAAACACAAUCUGGAGAAACGACUUAAGAUCGAAGAGAGACGACUGUUGGAAACUGAUUUGGAUUACACCUCGGACAACGACAGAAGCAGUGAGACCGAGGAUCAAGCGUCACCUAAGGUUAACCCUAAGCGGAUAUACAGCGAGAAAGUGACGGAAGUGGAGAAACGAUGGUCCGGAGAGUUCCUGGACAGUCAGCUGCAACGUAACUCCUCGGAGUCCUCGAGAUCGUCUUAUGUCGAGGAAAUUGGCAGCGUGUCCUCGCGCGAGAGCAUCGUUGAGGAUCGCGACACCCGGCUGCUUUUCGACCGAAAGCGCUCGGUGAAGUUUGUGGAGGGGCAAACGUCGAUCGAUGAGUCGAAGACACGCACCUCGGAGGAGAUUCUGGGAGACAGUACUGUGAGCACUAUCGAUUCCGACUCAUGUUUAGAGGAUAGAAUCAAGGCUGUAGACGAAGAUAUCGCUCGGGCGUCAGGACACGGAGUCGAGACGGACGAUAACGAUGAUAUCGACGAGCCCGAUCGUGUUUACGACGAGGACGAGGACGAAGAGUGCGCUCGAUGGGACAAGCGAGUAGAGGAAGUCGACCAGACGGUCCUCACGACAACCGCGAUAGUUCACGAGAACGGCAACUCGAGGCAAGGAAGCGUCAGCGACAGUGUUGGCGGUUCCAGCGAUCCAAAUUUGAAUGAAGCGAGGAGCAGCGGGGAUAUCGAGACGACGGAACAAAUAUCGGAAAUUACCGACAAGUUAUUAAUUGAAAGAGGAGAGAAUAAGAGCUGUUCUUUUACGGUCAGCUCGGAGGAAUCCACCGAGCCGAUCUUGGUGACUCAAAGCCGUUGCGGGAAGGACGGUUACGCUAAUCUCAUAAAAGAAUUCACAAUGGAGACGGGAUCGUCGAAGGCGAAGAAAGAAGAGAAGCAAAAAAAGAAGCUUGGAUUUCGGCGUCUUUUGCCGGCCAUUUUUUCGCCGAAGGACUCUCGGAAGGACUACAAAAAGAAAGAGCAAAAGGAACGUAAGAGAUACGACGAGCGGCACUUCGCUCGUUACCAGCAGAAUGGAAAUUACACAAGGUCGCCGGACACAAUGAACUUGAACGAGGAUAUCAAGAGGAACGUCAAACUAGACAACAGUCUGAAUGGUUCCAUCAUCGAGGAGAGACUGGACGAAAUCAAGCGCGAACUGUUCCCCGAGCAAGGACCGAUCACCAGCACGCCCGACCACUUCUUACAGACGGACGACUCGAGGCUCCUUCGAGAUCGAGCCAGACCGCAGAGAUCCUACACCACGGACUCCAGUCUCAGCUCGAUCGCGCCGGACGACAGAUGGAUGGAUCGAAGCGGGCAUCUCGGUAUCUCUCCCGACGUCAGGAAGUACGAGCAAAGGCAGAGACGCGAGGAGCAAGACAGUCGACGGUACGGUCAGCUGGAACGCAAGCACAGUCUGCAAGAACCGAAUCACAGCAGUCGCAAUUACUACUUCCAGAGAAAUCACGGGCCUUCCGGUCGUAUUUCGGCACCGCCCAGCGAACGGUACUUGGUGCGGCCGCGGGCUAUUCACCCGGUCGACAGGCCGUUGCCCGAGAUCCCGCAGUCCCGAGUGGAGCUGUCGAAUUAUGAAAAUUAUCAGGACGGCGUUGAGCCGCUGUGCGACGGCCUCGGCUACCGUAAGGACAAGUACGCCGUCGAUAACGUGGACUACCAGAAUCAAUCUGGACUUUAUCAGAAUGACAGAAGCGCCGAAACCGGCCUGAUCCACAUACCGCAGUCAGUUCCCGCACAAGUCAAAAUCACCCGGCAGCCGAUCGUGAACCAAACUCAGAGGGCGCCUUUAGUCGGGCGCCCCAAGUCGAGCCCCAAGUACCCGUCACCUGGUUCGAGCCAGAAGUCCGGCGAUUACGCGGACUCCAGCUGCACCCCGAACUCGAGCCAGAAGAGCGAAUUCUCGCCGUCCAGCUCGAAGAGCGGCGAGUAUUACUUGCAUUCACCUCGCAGCAGCGCGCGAACUUCGCCUGCCGAGCGACCUUUCGAUGAUGCGCGCGAGAGGAUCUACGAGAAUGAAGCUCAACCGGCGGUCUCUCAGCCGCCUGAUCGCUACGAACACGUGUACGAUGAAACUCCAUCAUCGCCGUGUCGCGAAGAGCAUUCUAUGGAUUCUAAAGCAGCGAGCUGCGCGAAGAGCUCGCCCGAGAAAAGAACCGAUCCUGUCUACGAGCAGAAGUGUUCUUCAUCGAGUCAACGACCGCCCUCGAAGAGCUCUUGCCAGCAGUCUCUCGAAGAUAAGGAAAUUGCGCAAGUGGAGUCGAAACGGGAGACCGAAAAAUUGCACGGAAACCACUCGAAAAAUCCCGAAAAUGUUGACAUAAACUUGAAGAGCGAGUCAUUAGUGCUCAGCCAAGCGGAGAGAACGUGCGUUCAGAACGUAUCGCCGUCGAAGCCCGGAGUGACGUCGGCGACGUCUCCUGGAUCAACGGGAGCCAGGGCGUUAGCCAGAAAAUCGCAACCAAAUGAUCAAAUUCUGAUAGCCUCGCCGAAGAGGGAGAUCAUCUAUCAGUCCCGGGUGUCUCGGCCGUUGAACGAAACCAGACUUUGUGACGCGGAAUCGCCCGUCCCCAUAGCGGACUCGCGCGAAUGUGUUCCUGGCAUCGUUCCAAUCGAAGCGCGAGAUCAGUACGGCAGCCAGGACUCCUCUAUCUCAAUGGCGAAAUCUAUGGGGCAGAGAGCUGUAUCGUCUUCAGUCUUUUCCAAAGGUAUCUCACGUCCUGAACCGAUUUACGGACACCGCAAGCAGCAGAGUCCUCCAACGCGGGGCAACGCGGUGGUGACCUUGGAGGCGAAAGAAGGCAGACUCGAGAACGAUCAAUCGCCACGCGACUCACACAGACCAAGCGAAUCGUGUCGCGAUGUUGUCGAAAGAGUGGCCUGGGUCGAAGGGCAGACCCCGAUACCGCGGAAUCCGCAGCUGCGCAAUCCGGAAACUAAACAAACGUCCAAUGAACCUGGCAAAUGUACGGCAACUCAAUCACCGGUACGCGAGCCGCCGAAUACGGCGCAGGAUGUUUAUCAACAACGACAACUCGGCGUUGUUCAGCAACGAGCUUCGUCCGCGACGUCAGCCUCAUCGUCGGACGGACAACAGUCAUCGCCGAUGACGAACCUAGACAAAGUAUACGUCGGCGCGAAUCUGCUGCAGCGCGAGGCGAUUUACGAGCAACGCCCGAGACAGCAGCAGCAGCAGCCGCGACUGAUCCAAGAACCCGUGUACGUUCAACGACCGCAGCAACAACCGCGACAAAGUCAAGAGACGGUGUACGUUCCGCGCGGCCCUGACCCGACGUAUGCUCAGCAAUGCUACGCGAGCUGCGGACCCCUGUCGCCUUCGAAACGCGAGACUAGACAGCACUUGGAAGCGUUCUACUGGCAGCAGAAGGCGCUGGAGGCACAGCGGAAAUCGGCCAUCUCGCAGGCGGCGUCCGGCGCGAGACAGGUCGCGCCGAAGAUUAACUUGCCGGAAGUGAGAGAGGCGGUUUGGCAGCAGCUGAAGAAACUGGACGAGGAGCAGCAGCGGCGGAUCUACGAGCAGAAUCUGCUGGACGACGGCUCGUACGAGACGUACUGCAGAACACGAACGGGAAGCCCCAUGACGUUACCCCCCGCUACGAAUCAGACUGCAUUCAAUCCCAACGCGGCGGCGCCCGUCGUUCAAGGAGACGGCUCUUGCUGGAGCAACGCGCAGCAGCGGCCCAAGAUGAGUCCGACCGGCAAGCUGCCGUUGAUGCACGUCCCGAAGGGUCAAAAUCAACCGGUACUGAUAGUCCGGCCGCAGCAGGCACUGCGGGAUCGUCAGGAGAUGUCGAUCAAGUCCGUGCACUGUCGCGAUCCCGUGGGACGCGACGCGCAAAGAUCCAAAAGCGCCUCGCCGCACUUCCACAGAGGCGAGACUGAACGAUCCAGUUUCAAUGUGACGCGCACGAAGCCGCUCACGGACGCCAGCGCCGUAAUCUCCCUGAGAAAGUCGGAUGCCGGCGGAGCUCACGAGGAGGAUAGCAACGACGGCGAAGGCAGACCUCGGCCGCAUCCGAUAUUUAAGAGGGGUAGUCUCGUAGGAGGAGAAUCGGUGGAAUACGGAAGCACAGGACCCAAGAGGGUCAGUUUCUCAAAUCAACCGAGCGCCGGACCGGAUCUGGCCGCGGGCAGCUGGCCAACGAAGCAUGGCACGGCACCUGAACCGCCGACUAGGCGACACAGGAGCGAGGACAGCACCUCGGACACCGACUCGGUGUUCCUGCAUCAAGAGCGACGUGACGCGCAUCAGGACGCCGUGUAUGGUGCUCGCUGCGGAGCAGCUGCACCUGCGAGAUAUCGCGCCGACAGCGGUUGCUUGGAGCAGGACUACGACGCCAACAGGCCUCUGCCUCCGUUGCCGAAGGAUUCCUUCGUGGUCUCCCGUCGUGAUAACAGCGCCAGGAAUUACGCGUACAACGACGUUCGAUGGAGCAACGAGGAGCAACGUCGACGGCGACAAGAGGAAGAGUGGAAUCCAGAUGGCAAGGGUCGACAGUCCAACGAUACCGGUGGAUCCAUCAGGGGGGAGGUUGAACCCGGCUCGAACGAGCUCACACCUGGCAGACGGGCUGGCGGCGGCGUCUUGGGGGUCGGUGUCGGAGGCGGGGGUGGCUCGGGGAGCCGAGGCUCCACCGGGGGUGGUGGUCGCUCGAGGGACGAGCCGAGGAGGCACACCCUCGGCGGCGAUCAUCAGCCCUCCCUUCAUCAUCAGCAGUUCAACGCGGCGCAGCAGCUGCAUCCCCUUCACCCACAUCAUUUGCCGCCACCACACGGCCAAUACGGCACCCCGCCCUCGCGGCACACCACCAUGGAUCUCGAGAUGGGGACCAAGUCUCGCCAGAGAAAGUCGCCUCUUCCGCGCGGCUAUCCGCCCCCUUCGGCGAUGCUCUUCGAUGACGACCCGGGCAUCAUGUCCGAAGUGGAAACCUCCAGCACUGGAUUUCGACGAGGUGGCAAGCAGAGGAGCAGCUUGCCCGUCGUGCGAACGCCCAGCAAAACUCUGGAGCGACCACUAGGACUGGUGUUCCUGCAGUACAGGAACGAGACGAAGAGGGCGUUGCUACCAAAUGAGAUUACCAGUAUAGACACUGUCAAGGCUCUUUUCGUCAGAAGUUUCCCAAAGCAACUAACUAUGGAAUACCUGGACAGUCCUCACGUGAAAGUUUACAUACACGACAGCAACAAGGACAUGUUUUACGAACUCGAGGAUGAGAGAUCGCACUUGAGGGACAUCAAGGAUCGCAGUGUCCUGAGACUUUUUGAGAGCGCCGACGGAGUGACAGGAAUGCCCGGACCUUUGGGGGUGCCAGGCGGCGGGGGUGGCCUGCCGCCCCAUUGGGAAGAUCAGAGCUACUUCAGCGAGCCGGAAUUCGACAGCGAAUAUCAGCAUCAGCAUAUUCACAAGAGCAAGACGGCCAAGAACUCGACGUCGGGCAGCGGAUAUUACGUGGGCGGAAGCAGCACCUUGCCACGCGGCGGACCGCUCCUCAGGGCGUACAGUCCGGCGGCGUCGAGCGUCGUCGGCGGGCCGAACGCGACGCCGACGCAGCCCAAGACUCUUACCACACCAGAUGGUUGGAUAGGUGGUGGCGGGGUGCCGCCGGCCAAGCCGCUUCGCAGCUACCAGUGUGGUAAGAGUCCCCUUGGGAGUCUCGGGGGCUCGGCGCGCUUCUCUAGAGACAGCUCGGUCUCCCUCUAUAGUAUACCAGAUCGGCUACACGGGGAGAGCGGAUACAUGAGCAGCCCCGAGCGCGGCGGCGGUGUCGGUUCCGGAAGCGGAAGAUAUCCACCGGGGCCUUACAGCGCUGGCAGCAGCUACGAAGACCCGUAUUACUCGCAGUAUUCGGGAACUGUUACUCCCGUUAUCGACGAAGAAGCCAGUGGGUGGUGCAGCGAUACGGAGCUAUUGGAGGAAUCGUACAGCCUUUACGGCGUGAAACCACCGGGGCGUCCGCCGCCUGGUCCCCCGCGGUCCCCGUUUCCUCCGGGUGCACCACCCCCUCUGCCACCCGGCGGACAGAGCUACGACGCUACUCGGAUAAGGGUGGAACACAUGGAAAGACAACUGGCCAACCUGACCGGGCUCGUUCAGAAAGCUCUAACGCACGCUCCACACACCAGUCCUUCGCCGCGAGAGUACUUGCAAGUCCCACCAGGACGUGACCCCUACACAAGAGCCGCAGGCGCCGGGGACGAGUUCGACAAACACUCUAGCUCCAGCUCUGCCUCACUGCCAGUGUCUCAACCUGCCGUUACAGAUGACUCGUACUUAAGGACUGACGUUAAACCGCCAAAAUUAGGCAAAGACAAGUCGGUGUCGUUUGAAAAGUCAGUGUCCUUCAGUGACGAGCCACCAGACAUGAACUCCCCCAAACAACAUUCCCCGCAACAUGCAGCGGACACAAAACCUACGAAACCGGCAAUCAAAUCCUCCACGUUGCCGAGGAUGUCGUCGCAAGAACGGGACAGGCACAAGCCGACGCCACCGCCGAAACCAGCCGCGUUGGUGGCCGGUCAAUACGUCUACAGGGACUUGGCGCUCACGCCCGAGAUGUACAACCAGCUGAGGGGCUUGCAGAAGAAGGCGAAGGACCUCAGACAGGAAGUGAGAAACCUCAGACGUAUGUCACAGGCGCAAGCUCACACUGUGCGAGAGACCAUCAGGGACACGUUCAUCACAAUCAGGGCAAUGCUGUUAUCGGGCGGAGACGCGGCUUGGACGGCCGGGGAUGCGGAGAAGAUUCGAUUGAGCCGCGAAGAAGAUCUCUACAAGCAGGAAAUGAUAAGGCUGGAAAAAGAUCUCACCGAGCUGGAGAGCACCGUGGAGGAGCUUCGCGGCAACGUGAUCAAUAGAAAGACGCGUGUCAAUAUGUCGGAUGUGGAGAACAUGGCUUUAAUAUUGAGUAAAUCCAGCAAAACCGUGGCCGACUUGAAGGUGCGUUUCCCGAGUUUACAAGAAGGCAUGAAGGGUCUGCUCAGCUCUGAGAUGGAGAAAGUGGUACGCGAGGAGAAGUUUCUCAAGGAGGAACCCGAACGGCUGGAGUCUGCGUUGAGACGUUGCAAGAAACUGACCGGCACACUCGUGACGCUCAAACGCUUGGCGUCGGUGCAAGAGCAGCGAUUACCAAACGCAGCGAGCGUAGAUGCCGAAGACACACCACCGAUAACACCGACGACGGCACAACAUUCCAAGGCAGCUGCCCCUGUGCCAGCGGAACGCACUGUCGUGGGGUCAGCGAGCGUCCUCGGGGGAGGGGGCCACCCUCUCGAGCCAUCCGCCGCCCAUCAGCAGCGUCCGGAGAACGCACUCGACGCUCUGCUAGACGAGCUGCAGACCUUCUCGCGACCCAGCUCGCAGUUGGGCCAGGUAUCCGGCGGCUUAUCGGUGCACCCGGGCUCCACCACGCUGUUAGCCGACGUCGGUCGCGCCUCCAGCCUCCGGGACUCGACAACAAGCGUUGUGGCUCCCGGUGGCGGAGGCGCAGGCGGCGGCGGAGGUGGUGGCGGUCGUGCACCCAGCAUCAGCGACAUCGGUCGAAAGGGCAGCGUGGACUUGUCCAGCGGCACCCUGACCGUCGCCGCCGCCGGCGGGGUGGGCCUACCCGGGAUGGCAUCAGGUGCCAGCGGCACGCUACGUCGCCUGCACUCGUACCCGUCGAGCUCGGACACGGACACUUCGCCACCCAUCGCCAGGCUGCAAGUGUCGCUGCAGGAACAACAACAGCAACCGGGGUUGCCGGUAUUGCCGCAGGGCUUCUUGCCUGGGCAGAAGCCGCCAGUGCCGGAGCGGAACGCCGAGCUGCUGCAGUUGGCCAGCGCUAGGAGAGUACCGCCGCCACCGCCGCCACGCACCAGUUCCAGAUCGCCUUUGGCGAGUCCCACCAGUCCGCAAUUGCCGCCCAGAAACCACCCGUGCAGUCUGCAAAGCGGCAACGCGACCCUACGCCGACCAGCGACACGCGGCAAUGCCAUUAUCGCAGGCAAAGAGGGUAAGCCACCGAUGGCUCUACCGCCGGACGCCACGGCGAUUUUGUCCACCGUCGAAACCGGCGACAACAGAUCGGUACCGACGUCGGCACCGGUGUCCGGUGUCGCGCCGCCGAUGCACAACUCGUCGUCUUCACAGUCAUCUGCGGUGCUGUCCACCAGCAAUUCCAGCUCCUGCGAGAGCGUCAACUCGCAGGAGGGCCUGCAGAGCAAGCGAGGCAGACAGGAGCAGCUGGAGCAACGGCAUCAGGAGCUCCUGAGAAAGCAGAAGGCCUUGCAGGAGCAGUACGCUCGCCUGCAGCAGUUGCAGAGAAAUGCGGCGGGUCUCACCACGGUACCGCCGGCGCCGCCCGAUCUGCUGAAGAAAACCGGCUCCGAGAGCAACCUCCUGGCGAAAAUGGGUCUCGGCCUGAGCGCCGCCAGUUCCGGAUCACUCACCAGCCUCAGUCUGAAGCCGCAGAUCUCACAGGAAGCCAUCGGCGAUGGCCAGGCUAGGAUCGAGAUCGUUAACGGACAAAUGAUGCCCACAAUUGUGACGACCAACCAUGUCUGCGGAGGCAUCACCACUUCCACUACGGUCGUGCCGAGCUCGACGACCGGCUCCGGCACGAUCGUCACCACCACGUCCACCACGACUACCAGCAAAGUCUACGAGACGGACAUUCUGUGACCGAGAAGCCGUUCGCUCAUCGGAUCGACCGUCAAGGUCACCACGGAAAUCGCGCUGGCAAGUUAACACAAUCGUCGACCGGCAAGAUCGCGAGAUUAUCGCGUAGUCCAGUCUCUUCGGAGAACAGUCGAGGAGGUUGUGGUGAAGUGAGGCGAAUGAAGCAAGGCACGAGUAGACGAGACGCCCGAACGGAACGAAGAGGGUGAGGAAGGUUUGGGUUGACGUGAAAACAAGGAAUUGCUAGAAUUAAGGAGACCGAACUCUUGCGGACGUGAAGGAAGGGUGCACCGACUAACGCGAAGCGACGACAGGAACCGGUCGUAAUCGAGCAAGAGGAAGACAGAGACAGAAGAAGAAGAAGAAGGAGACUACUCCCGCGCUACGGUCCCGUUCGAUCUUACAACGACGGCGAUUCUGUCGUAAGCGGGUGCAUGACGUCUCAUGGAAAGUAGAAUGCAGCGUAGGAAUUAGCGCGCGUCACACGUAAAAUAAUUACCACACUAAUCACUAUGGUUAAACGAUAGCAUUAAUAAUCGUAAACGGCGCGAGAAAUCGAUAUUCCGAUAUACGCAUCACGCGAAUUCUGAGGAAUAAGGAAGAGGAAGGAAGCGCCGCGAACCAGACGCGAACCUCGCCGUCGUGUUCGUCAGUUGACUGCUCGCAUCACUGCAUAUCCGAUGCGCCCCGUGAGGUACACAACCGGCGUGCGGUCGCGACGAGCCCUGGGGCGCGUCUUAUCCUCUCGCUCCUCGCCCUCCGAGAUCAAGGACAUCGUCAGAGGAUUACGGUUGUCGAAGUGCACAUCUCAAGUGCAAUUGCAUCCUGCCCAGGUCUACUACAGAUCGGUCACGAGCGACGGAACAGUUUCGCGGAACAGAUUCGGCGAGAACGUGCGGAGUCCCGCGCACACCGAUCCUGCGCAUCGAUCCCCUCGUAUACCUCGUAUACACACGCCCCGAUAUACCCAAAACCUUCGCAACGUCUGUGCCAAACGAGAGAGGAACACGAUAAUUGCGUACUUUUUUAAGAUUAUACACACAGCGCGCGUCGCCGCGGACACCUAUAACUACCCCGGCUACUCGUCGUUUUUUCUUCGUCGUAGUAAGACGAGCGCGCUCGUCGUCAAGAGAGGUUCUACGUCAUCAUCGUAUAAAUACUAUACAGAUACAUACGUAUUAUAUAUAUAUAUAUAUAUAUAUAUAUAUAUAAAUAUAUACAUACCACAUGUACACGCGAGAUAGCGGGCAGGGGGAUUUAUAUAAAUAUAUACAUGUAAGUGGAUAGCUAGGUAGCUAGGUAUAUAUAUAUUAUAUAUACAUGAAAUAUACGAGAUAUAUCGCAAUCGUGUGCAUACACGUGCACUCAUAAAACACACAUACACAUAUAUUCACACGUCGUUAAUGUUGCAAACGGAGAGGCGUUCGCUGCAAAUCCGAAUGUGUCAUUUUUAAACGCAUCAGUGGAUUUAAUGUGGCUGAAAUUCUCUUCACAUGGUUCUUGCGGUUUUAAGUCACGUCAUUUAAUACACGUUUCAUAGACGUGUCAAUUAUAAUUUAAUACGUUUAAACGUGUCAAAUGACGCGACUGAAAACGGUGAGGAACAUGUGAGAGAAGAGAGAUUCGGUCAAAAUAACACAUUUGAAUUGGCAGCGCUACGACCUUCCCUCGAAUGACAUGUCGGCGAAAUCACACAUUUAAGCGCGUUUCGUACACGACGACGACGACGGUCCUAACGUGCACAGACGUGACUCUCAUCGCGUUUAGAAUUAUAACCUAAUUAACUAUCAUGCGUGUAUAGACACAGACACACAAAAACACAUACGAAACCAGCCGCGUACAAAGGAUGCGUAGCGAUAGGCGAUCAAUUAUUCUCGUUACCGAUAAGAGACACGGGCGGGGGGCAUUCCUCGACAAAUGCGAUUCACGUGGAAGGUAUAAGGUAUCCGAAGAGGAGCGAUAUAGAGCGGAGGCGAGAAGCUGGCACACACGACGCGAUACAAGGUGGUCGACGGUCCGUCGACGGAAGACUCGAGAUAUCCGAGGAAGCGGUAUACCAAGAUGCAAAUACACGAGACACGUUUAGACACCCGGUUACCUUUUUAAACCCAUAUAACACGAUCUGCUGUAUUAAUGAUAAGGUGAUCGCAAUGAUGGCGAAUCGGUCGGAGUCGUAAAGCGCGGCGUCGAGUAUUUCUGUCGAGACUACGUUUGCACAAUUAUACGGUCGAGUUGCACCGACAGUUCGAAUUAACUAAAUCGCCACAUGAGACAGUCUCUCUCUCUCUCUCUCUCUCUCUCUCUCUCUCUCUCUCUC